AGACCACACUGUCCUUGCAGUCCUCACAUUCCAGACGUCUCAGCGCUUUCACAGCCCAGAGAUAAUAUUCACGGCGAGCAGACGUUUGCGUCAGUGUCAGAUAGAUCUCAAUGCCACCCUGCCCCAGGGGGAGCACAGCGGGCAGACAGGCUGGGCAGGCAGGCAGAAGCCCACGGCAGAGCCCCCGGAGCCACCGGCCUGCUGCACGCCCCACGGUCAUGCUGCUCCUCCUGCACCUGCUGCCUGCCAUGCUGCCCACCGCUGCCCUGGCCAGCUGCACUGGGGCGGGUGCCGACAGGCAGCUCAUCCUGGCCAAGGUGCGGGCUCGGGUGCUGGAGCAUCUGAGCCCCCCGCUUCUCCAGGAGGAGCCCCAGAUGGAAGCAAGGAGGGUAUACCGGAGAGACAUCCUUGAAGACAGUGAAGUUGAGCCAGAGGAGCUGGAGGACACCUCCCAGGUGAUCUUAUUCCCUUCCACAGACGUGCCCUGUGAGCCCACACAGCCGGACAAGUUGCUGGAGGAAGAAGGGAUUUUCAGCUAUCUCUUCCAGCCCUCAGAACACACCCUGAGCCGCGUGGUGACUUCUGCCCAGCUCUGGUUUUACACCGGUCCCUCGGCCACCCCGAACCACUCAGCCCCUGACGUGCUGGCCCUGUCACCACAGGGCCGGGUGCCGGUGACAGCCAUGGCAGAGCAGACACCUGAGCACUGGACAGUGUUUCACUUGGCCCCGAUGCUGCUGCCCCAGCUCUCGCAGCCACUCUUCGUGCUCCUGGUGCGCUGCCCUGGCUGCCCCUGCCUCGCCGAUGGGGACAAGAUGCCCUUCUUGGUGGCCACCACCCGGGCCAAGGGCAGUGAGAGGGCUCGUCGCUCCACUGUGCCCUGGUCCCCAGCUGCACUGAGCCUGCUGCAGCGCCCAUCCGAGGACUUGGCCGCCCACACCAACUGCCGCCGGGCUUCCCUCAACAUCUCCUUCGAGGAACUGGGUUGGGACAAGUGGAUCGUGCAUCCCAGCAGCUUCGUUUUCCACUACUGCCAUGGGAGCUGCGCCGCAGGCCAUGGGCUGAGCCACCGGCUGGGCGUGCAGCUCUGCUGCGCUGCCCUGCCCGGCACCAUGCGCUCCCUGCGCGUCCGCACCACCUCCGACGGCGGGUACUCCUUCAAGUACGAGACAGUGCCCAACAUCCUGGCCCAGGAUUGUACCUGUGCCUAGAGCAUCCCACAGCC